CACGAAUUUGCAGCAUAUUGAAAACAUCAAUAUUGAGCCCUGUUGUCUUAAGGAAGCAUGGAAUUUUCAGCGUUUCUAAUAUUCGCAGUCUGGACUUCAUCGAUGAUUUACUUGACGUUUGGUAAAGAGCGAGAGCGCGCAAUGGUGUUUCCGGACUACUACUUCUUUGCUGAAAGAUAUUUGGUAAACCACACCAUUGAAAAGAAACGUGUCAAUAACUUGGAUGACUGUGAGCUAAUGUGCUACCUGAACGACGACUGUGUCAGUCUUAAUUUCAAAAAAGAUCCAGAGGAUGAGGAACCACUUCACAUCUGUGAACUAAAUAACGCCACUCAUCUGAAAUACGACAGUGACUUGACAACUGAUGCCAAUUUUUAUUAUCGUGGGUCGAAGAACGCUUGUGACAAGAGUUCCCAGUGCCAAAAUAACGCAACUUGCCAGUCUGGAUUUACACUCAAGGGAUAUCGAUGCUUGUGUCCUCCUGGAUUCGAGGGAGAACUUUGUGAAACAGACAUUGACGAAUGCUCUGAAGUUCAUGCCGUUAAAAUGAACAAAUGUCAUCCGAAUGCAUCUUGCACUAAUAGUCAGGGCUCAUACAACUGUUUCUGUAAUCCUAAACACAUUGGGGAUGGUUUUGAGUGUAAAGGUGCGUUUAGUAUCUGCCAUGCCAUCAAAUAA